CCAGUUGCUAACUUUUUUUUUAUUUACGCCAAGGGCUUUUUGCUUGUAGUAUAGAUCUACAACUACGCGUUCGCCAGAAUGGAUUCUUUACGGAGCGGGGGUAGGGUCAUCCAUCAGAGGGGUCAUUUCAAACGUUCAUGCACACAGCCGCUGCUGUUUUGAAACCCAGAGGGCAGAGGGGCAAAUUUCUCAAUUUCCUUGUGCAUAGCCCGUAUCCCUUUGUUGGCUUUGCCUAAUCCAUUUUUGUGAUCUUCAAUGAGUGAAUCACCACUUCCUCCCAACACACCUUCAACUCCAAAUCAUAGUAAUAGCUCUAACAUUACCACAGGGCUUUCAUUCAAACGUCAUUUUCGACCCUACUUUACCAAAAAACAACUAGCUAUUUUGAACGGUUUAAAAAAGUCUGGACAAUUGGUUGCUAAAGAGAACAAUUUACGGUACACUUACUGUAAAUUUAUACAAGACGUUGGAAAAAAAGUUGGAUUUCCACAAAAAACAAUAAGUACGGCGCAGACGCUCUAUCAUCGAUUCUACCUUUAUUACUCUGUCAAAGAUUACCCACCUCAGGAUAUCAGUGUGACAUGUAUAUUCGUUGCAUCGAAAAUUGAAGAAAACAUCAAAAAAUUGAAAGAUAUCAUUGUCGCUGUACAUAGUGUUAAACACCCAGAUUGGAAAGAGUUGGAUCCAGAACAAGUGUCAGAUGACAGACGACGAAAAAUUCUAACAUACGAAAAGCUUCUAUUAGAAACGCUCAGUUUUGAUUUUCAAUUACGACAUGCCUAUGAAUAUGUAAUAAAAUUCACAAAGUGGCUAAAAGAACACCAUCAACCGCAAUUGGAACAUAAAAGAUUAGCCAAAAAAGCUUAUGACUUGGCAGUGGAUAGUUAUAGAACCUUAAUUUGUGUGGAAUAUCCGGCGCACACAGUUGCGGCUGGUUGUAUAUAUUUGGCAUCAAAAAUGUUGGAAGAGGAAGAUAGUGCGUUUAAAGGCUUGUCAGCAAUGGAGCAGUGGAAUAACCGCUUCUUUUCACGGAUGGAGGAUAUUGAAGGUUAGCAUAACUUAGAACGAGUAAAUUGAGCUUUCCCUUAUUAACGAACCAUUGACAUGCAUCAACAGAUGUGGCACAACAAAUUCUCGACCUUUAUAUCAAUACUAAUUUACAUAAAGAAGAUAUUUACUCAUUCACCAAAAUCAAGAUUGCCCUCAAUGAAUUAACGCAAGCGAGAGAGAAGAAUGAAAAUUUGACAAGGAACGCAAAGGAAGGUUCAACGACUUACUUAGAAUUGGAUCCAAGCUCUGAAAAU